CUCAAACCGCUUUUCAAAAUGGUUCGCCGUUGUCCUCUCAAUGGGCUCACGGGUCAACCAUAUAAUCAUACAGGGCGCAAGUGACAAGGCUCUCGGCGGCUCGAUGCUGCUGGCAGCGGCUUUCGUGUUCACAUAUUACACUGUCUGGGCAUUGCUUUUGCCUUUCUUCCCUUCUUCAAGCGAAAUCCAUCAAUUCUUCCCGGACAGGCAAUGGGCUGUCAUUCUUCCCGCAUGUAUACUUGUCGUCGGGUUGACUGGGAUCGGUGGAUUCGUCGGAAACACCCUCGUCAAGGAGCAGCGCAAGAAGGAUCAACGCGCAAAGUUGCGUACGGCUUGAGUUUGUAUUGUUCUACAUAUUAUGCAUUGCACCUAUCUUCCUUGCCCUGCUCGCACCGACUCGAGUAAACGAACUUUUUCGGCUGCUAUGAAAUCCUUCACGGUCUGGUGCACCAGUGCGUCCGUUCCUAUGUCGGGUGGCGGCUCGGAGAGGAAUUUGAGCGCGCGAGUGACCUGGAAGAAGUGAUUAAGGAUCAGUGCACCGACACUGCAGAUUACACGGCAAAUAUACCUUGCUCAUCGACGAGUCCUG